AUGGCGAUUGAACUGGGUAAACAUGGAAUUCGCACCAACAACGUGAACCCAACAGUGGUUUUAACGCGUAUGGGCCAAAUCGCGUGGUCGGAUCCCGAAAAAUCUGGUCCAAUAAUGAGACGAAUUCCAUUAGGCAGAUUCGCUGGUGAGUACAAUGAAUGUUUCAAAAUGUGAUAAAUUUUUUAUUGAAGGAUAUUUCACCGUCUUUUAACAUCUUUAAAAAACUCAAUUAAUUUACGGAAAAAUAACAAUCUAUACAAUUAGUAUAACUUAUAGUCAUCACUCAUUAGUCAUUUGGACCAUACCUACUUAAAUUAAUUACGUAUAUACCUAAAUAAUGAAAAUGUAAGUAGUUAUAAAUUUUGUACGUUCUUUCCCUCAGUCAAAGGUUAAUUGAAAUGAGUAUAAGAUGUCCAAUUUAAUUUGUUUAAUUUGUUUAAUUAAUUAAAAAAAAGAAGUUUUGAAUCUGUUCUUAACUAGUAGAAUAUAAAAAAGAAUUUUAAUUUAAUUUUAAAUUUGUCUCAAUCUUAAAUAAUUUGUCAAUGUAUGUAUGCAAGAGAUUUAAGUAUUUAUUUUAAUAUAUAACACCUUAAAACAAUGUUAUACAUUAGAUUUUUCAUCUACCCGAGUACACGAGUAUUCAUAUUUAGUAUGCAUGCUGUUUGAAAAAAGAAAACUCAUUAAAAUCAUUUAAUUUUUAUUCUAAACCUUGAUAUCAAACACAGUCCGUCCUAAAUCUCUGUAUACUUUUCAGAUAAAGGACUUGAAUGGUUUUUUAAAUUGUCUCCAAUUUUGAAAAUUUAGAAAAUUAUUAUUUAAUUUUAUUGUACACCUAAUAAAAAUAACUAGUUAAUUAACAAUGAUUAUUUAUACCAGCUUAUCAGUCUAAAUGUAUAAAAUGGUGAAAUGCUUUCAACUGCCUUAAAAAAUUAAAUUCAUAUUGUAUUUUAUAUUUUGUGGUUUUCAGUGCCUGAUGACAUUGCAAAUGCUGUAAUUUUCAUGCUCAGUGACUAUUCUACCAUGAUAAAUGGUACAUCCCUGGUGGUUGAUGGUGGAUUUUUGGCAGGCUAA